AUGUUAACAAGGCGACUGUGGGAGGAACUGCGCGACAAGUGGCCGCCCGCCUACUGGGACGAGUUUUUGCGAACUCCCGAGGUUCGGAGGAAUCGUUCCUGCAUCCGACCCGAGAUCAGUCGAACUAUUACCUUCGGCAGCACGGGCGUAUCAGGCGGCCAGUUUUACAGUUCACACCUGCGUUUCAUCCAACUCAACAGGGAGCAUGUUCCCUUCUUGAAGCUUGAUCUCUCUUACCUCUUUCCUCAAAUUUACAAUCCGCGCUUCCAUCGUCAGGUCUACCAGGACGCCCAACCAAUUAGUAUCUCCGCCCUUGGCAGUCUAGCAGCGAUGAGUGCUGGUGGGAAGCGGGUAUACCGUGUAGACUAUCGGACUCAGACAGACUUCAUACUGGCGGCGAAGUAUCUGGGAGUUAUGCAAGACUUUAAGUAUGGUGUGCCCCGAACAGCAUAUGCGGGUGUUGUAUCGGUAUUUUUCCAAGGUAAUCGUGUCUUUUUGGCCCCGCCUGCAGAUUGGAAACAAUAUGAUCUCAGCUGGACCUAA